AUGCCUUCUUUAUCUUCCAUCUUUCGCAUCGCAGCGCUGGCCGCUUCGUUUGCUUCCGCCCACGUCAUCAUGGUCGAGCCUCAUCCCUUCAACCUCGACACAGAACCUCUUUAUCAAACAUGGCCUUUGAGCGCUGACCUACCCUUCCCCUGCCAAGGUCGUACCCAGCAUACAGAGCAAGUCACCAAAGUGACAGCUGGAAAGACCCAAACCGUCAAGUUUUGGGGCAGCGCUGUCCACGGCGGCGGCUCGUGCCAGUUCAGCGUCGCUUACGGGGAAGAAGCCCCCGAUGACCCCAGCAAGUGGCACACCAUCUACAGUAUUAUCGGCGGAUGUCCGGCCGAAGCAGAGGGAAAUAUUCCCACCACCGAAACGGAUCCUCAUGGACGUGAGAAUGGUCCUGAGUGUGGAAAUGAUACCGGCAAGGAGUGCACCAAGCAGUUCAACAUUCCCAUUCCCAAGGACAUGAAGAACGGGCCAGCGAUUUUCGCCUGGACUUGGUUCAACAAGAUCGGCAACCGAGAGAUGUACAUGGUCUGUUCUCCUAUCGAAGUCGUCGGAGGAACGGAUGAUAAUACCUUUGUCGACAGCCUCCCUCCGGUUUUCCGCGCCAAUAUCCCUGGCGAGUGCACCACUGGUGCGAGCGGAAGAGUCAUCAACUUUCCGGAGGCAGGUGACUUUGGAUGGGUGAUUGAACAGGGCACUCCUGGGAGUGAGGGGACUUGCGAGAAGGGUGUUGAACCUAACUUCAAGGAUGAUGGUGCUGCUCCUGAGAAGCCUGUGUCAUCUGCACCCAUCGCAUCCAAGGCUCCUUCAUCUGCUCAGCCCAGCUCCCCAACAGUGUCGGUCCAACCUUCAGAACCUGCUACACCCUCUACCACUGUCCAGACCUCGGUCACAGUUUCUUCAACCAUUCAGUCUCCCACUCCCUCUAGUUUCAUCACCACAACCGAAGCCGACACAUCUGUACUGCCUACCAGCAUCGCUACCCCUAUCAACACCAACAAGCCCGAGUGUCCUGUUCCCAGCGGCCGACCGUUCUGGGCCGACGAGAACUAUGAGGGUUGUCCUGCUGAGAUUCAGUCGGGAAUGCUGUACUGUUUCUCCGAGACUACCUGGGGCAUCUGCAACCUGGGUUGGGCUUAUGUUUUUGAUGUUGCGCCUGGCACCAAGUGCAACAAUGGUCUCGUUUCCUAG